UUAUGGAUUAAAACUGGCUUAUGGGUACGCUUGAUUGUCUGCAGAGACCAAGGCCAAGCAUGGCAGCAACCAAGAUGAGUUUGAAGCUUCUUGUUGACCAGAGAAACCAGACCGUGCUCUUUGCCGAAGCCGGAAAGGACUUUGUGGAUUUCCUCUUCCAUUGUCUGGCUUUGCCAGUUGGAACUAUCGUGAGUCUUCUCCCUAAAACAGGCGUGGCGGGUAGCCUGCGCAAUCUUUAUGCAAGUGUCGAGAAUCUCAGCGACACAUACAUUGAACGUAGAGAGAAAGAGGCUCUGUUGAAUCCCAAAGCACGGACCGGUCCAGAUGUUCUGCGCUUAUUGUUGCCUGACUCUCCGCCUUCAGCGCCAGUAAACUACUACACUUGCGCUCCUAAUGGCGGUGGUUAUUAUGGCGCUCCAUGCAGUAGCUAUGUGACGAAUUCCCCUUCUACGAAAUGUCCUGGUUGCAGCCAUACGAUGAGCAAGAAACUUUCAUGGGUCGCGGGACCAGCUGUUGGUGCCACAUCCACAGCCAAGGUACCCGGUGGGGAGGGUGGUUAUGUGAGAGGCAUCGUCACGUACAUGGUGAUGGACGAUCUGAUUGUGAAGCCCAUGUCCACCAUCUCUUGCAUUACUCUCCUCAACAGGUUCAAUGUGCACGAAAUCGGGGAUCUCAAAGAGAAGGUGAUCGACUUCGGUUUGGACGAGGCCAUAAAGCUCUUGAACACUUCAUUGCACUCUAAGACGGUUCUCACGGAUAUAUUCAGCGGGGUUCUCACAGACAGAUUCAGCGAGGAAAAACCUCGUUACUACUUCAUUGCUCUAGAUAGGCUAGGGUCUGUAAUACAAUGGAGUGAUUGUAGCAACAUAAUUUCGGCCUUUCUUGCCAAGGAAGACUUGGUUGGAACUGUCUUGGACUUGACCCAAAGAAUGGCGACAGGCAAAGUGAGCUUGAAGCUUGUGAUCCACAAGAGCAACCGAACGGUGCUCUUUGCUGAGGCAGGCAAAGAUUUUGUCGACUUCCUCCUCCACAUCCUCGUAUUGCCGAUCGGACAGGUGAUACAGCUCCUCACGAAAACUGGGAUGGUGGGCAGUUUAGGCAAUCUCUACGACAGCGUCGAGAAGUUGAACGAUGUGUACAUCAAAUCUUCCAAGAAAGACAUUUUCUUGAAACCCAAAGCACCCGCCUUUCUCUCCGAAAUCCCAUUUCUAUUGCCUGAGACUUCGUCCUUACAUUCACCACCCAAAACCUACUACAGGUGCUCUUCCCGUUCGAACGUUAACUGUUGGAACUACGUGGCUGAGGACCGUUCUGCAUUAUGUCCUCAGUGCAAAAAUUCCAUGAACCAGACAUUCACUCUUGUCAGAUCAGCAUCAGCAUCACCGGCUGCUGCGGCGGCAUCAGCAGCUGAAUGGGACGGUAAGGGCGGGUUCGUGCUAGGGGAGGUGAUGUACAUGGUGAUGGACGAUCUGGCCGUAAAGCCGAUGUCGACUGUUUCGAGCAUUACUUUGCUCAAGAAUUUCAACGUGGAGGAGAUUGGGCUUAUUGAGGAGAAGGUGGUCAGCUUGGGAAUGGACGAGGGUAUAAAGCUGCUGAUGACUUCAUUGCACUCCAAGAAGGUUCUCACUGAUGUCUUCCUCGGUAGCCCCCGCCUGAGCCAUGAUCAUAUUGAGGCCGACUCGGAGCCGUCGGGUGAACAGACAGCUAAGGAGGAUUCAUGUGGUGAUGCCGAGGACAUGACACAAAGAAUGGCGUCAGGAAGAGUGAACUUGAAGCUUCUCGUGCACAAGAACUACCGGAAGGUGCUAUUUGCAGAAGGUGGGAAGGACUUUAUCGACUUCCUCUUCCACAUCCUCGCGUUGCCGGUCGGAACGGUGAUCAGGCUCCUUGAGAAAACCGGGAUGGUGGGCAGUUUAGGCAAUCUCUACAGCAGCGUCCAGAAGCUGGACGAUGUGUACAUCGAAUCUUCCAAGAAAGACAUUCUCUUGAAACCCAAAGCACCCGCCUGUGUCUCUGAAAUCCCGCUUAUAUUGCCUGAGACUUCGUCAGAUUCAACGCCGACAGCCUACUACAGGUGCCCUAGCCGUUCGCGGGGUAGCUGUUUGAGCUAUGUGGCGGAGGACCCUUCCGCAAAUUGUCCCCACUGCAAUUGUUCCAUGAACCAAGCAGUCACUCUCGUCAAAUCACAGGCUGGUAACCCGACGGCUGCUGCGGAACCAGCAGCUGUAUCGAACAGUAAGGGCGGUUUCGUGCAAGGGGUGGUUACUUACAUGGUGAUGGACGAUCUGGAGGUGAAGCCAAUGUCGACUAUUUCGAGCAUUACUUUGUUUAACGAGUUCAACGUGAAGGAGAUUGGGCUACUUGAGGAGAAGGUGGUCAGCUUGGGAAUAGACGAGGGUAUAAGGCUGCUGAAGGCUUCAUUUCACUCCAAGAAGGUUCUCACUGAUGUCUUCCUCGGUGAGAAGUGAGAGAGAACGUGAUACAUAUGUUCUGAUUUUGUGACUGGGGUUAUGCAAGACUUCUAGUGUGGAUUGACCUUUUUAUUUUUGGAUAUCAACAUGUUUAUCGUCACUAUUUAAGUAUUUAUGAUAUGGUUGUAUUGAUUUGGUCCAAAAUAUGAUGGGACCAUCCUGAAGAAUGAUUAUAUGUCUAAUAGCCGAUAAUGAAUGCUCAAGCAUAUGUUGAAAUUGUGGA